AUGGAAGCAGCGGCUAUAGAGUUACCUUCGCCUCCGCGAAUAAGCGGUCCAACUGGCAAAUCCCCGAAGAAACGAUCGGCAGUUCAAGGCACAUCUAAGGCACGUUCGAAGCGACAAGGCGCAAAAGUAAUGAAGAACCAUCCUAGCUACUCUCAAAUGAUAAAGGAAGCUAUUGUUGCCCUGAAAGAUCGUAAAGGUUCAAGUCGAGUGGCAAUCCUCAAGUAUAUCUCUGGUCAUUAUCAGUUGGGUGAUAACGGCAAACGUGUACAUUCUCAACUUCGAUUAGCAAUCAAGAAAGGUAUUGCAUCUGGGAAGUUGACGCUUGCAAAAGGUGCUGGUGUGAAUGGUUCAUUCAGACUUGGUACUGUAACUGAAACUAAAACUAAGAGAGGACCACAUAAGCAGAAGGAGAUAACAUCGAAGAAAGAAAAGAAAAGUAAGGUUACUUCUGCUGCUCCAAAGAAGCCACGUGUGAAAAAAGUUACAACUGCGAAAUCGCCAAAACGGAAGCCAAAGACAAGUAAUAAGCCGAAAAAAUCGAAGGUUUCUAAGCCGAAGAAAACAGCGUCAUAG